CAACUUGGGCAAACCCUGGGGGCGGCACCCGCUGCACACUCUGGUCAACCUCCCCUUUAAAAAAAACCCGCCCGCGGAGGAGGCGGAUGUAGGGGCGGCUUGUCCAAUGGCAGCUGCGCGCUUCGGGAGACUUGGAGACUUGAGCCAGAGUGAGCGACAGAGCCGGUUCGCACCGACAGACGGACAGAGGACCAGACAGCCACUAAGGCUCGCCCACUGUCCCCUGCCAGGCCCCGAACUCCAGCUCCAGCGUCUGCUGCUGGCCCAGAUACAGCAAGAUGCGCGGUUCUGGAGGCGUGACACGGGCGACCACUGUCCCCCGGCCACCGAGCCCUGGCCCCUAGCGCCCAGCGCUGCUGCCCUGCAUCAGGGAGGGCCGCGGAGACCCCAGCCUCUGUUGGCGCAGGAGCCCUGCGGGUGGGGCCUGCCCAGACCUGCCAGCCGUGCCGACCCACCAUGCUCCUUCUGUCGCCGCGCAGCGCGCUGGUCUCCGUCUAUUGCCCGCAGAUCUUUCUCCUUCUGUCCAGCGGCAGCUACCUAGCACUGUCAUCCGUGGUGGCCCUAGGAGCCAACAUCAUCUGCAACAAGAUUCCUGGCCUGGCCCCACGGCAGCGUGCCAUCUGCCAGAGCCGACCCGAUGCCAUCAUUGUGAUCGGGGAGGGGGCGCAGAUGGGCAUUGAUGAGUGCCAGCACCAGUUCCGAUUUGGCCGAUGGAACUGCUCCGCCCUGGGCGAGAAGACUGUCUUCGGACAAGAGCUCCGAGUAGGGAGCCGUGAGGCCGCCUUCACCUAUGCUAUCACCGCGGCAGGCGUGGCACAUGCUGUCACCGCUGCCUGCAGCCAGGGCAACCUGAGCAACUGUGGCUGUGACCGUGAGAAACAAGGCUACUACAACCAGGCAGAAGGCUGGAAGUGGGGAGGCUGCUCAGCCGACGUGCGCUACGGCAUCGACUUUUCCCGGCGCUUCGUGGAUGCUCGUGAGAUCAAAAAGAACGCCAGGCGCCUCAUGAACCUUCACAACAACGAGGCAGGCAGGAAGGUUCUGGAGGACCGCAUGAAGCUGGAAUGUAAGUGUCACGGUGUGUCGGGCUCGUGUACCACCAAAACCUGCUGGACCACGCUGCCCAAGUUCCGUGAGGUGGGCCACCUGCUCAAAGAGAAGUACAACGCAGCCGUGCAGGUGGAGGUGGUGCGUGCCAGCCGCCUGCGCCAGCCCACCUUUCUGCGCAUUAAGCAGCUGCGCAGCUACCAGAAGCCCAUGGAGACGGACCUGGUGUACAUCGAGAAGUCGCCCAACUACUGCGAAGAGGACGCCGCAACAGGCAGCGUAGGCACGCAGGGCCGCCUGUGCAACCGCACCUCGCCGGGUGCCGAUGGCUGUGACACCAUGUGCUGCGGCCGGGGCUACAACACGCACCAGUACACAAAGGUGUGGCAGUGCAACUGCAAAUUCCACUGGUGUUGCUUUGUCAAGUGCAACACGUGCAGCGAGCGCACCGAGGUCUUCACCUGCAAGUGAGGCUAUGGCGCAGGCGCACAGGGCGCCUGCCUACCCUGCGGCCCUCGCCAUUUUGCACAUCCU